CUUUCCUCCUUCUUCCCCGCCUCACCUCACCCUUUCUUAUAUUAUAUACUGCGAUACCUGCGCCUUUUCUUUCAUUCUGCUUUUAAAAGUCUUGCUCUUGCUCUAGAGUAUAUUGUCCGUCUGUACUUUGCUGUCGCUUUCAUCUCAUCUCGCCUCGCCCGCUUCCGCGUACCUCACCGCUCCUACCCCUCCUACCUGACUCUUUACAUCAGGAGUAUACUGCCUGAAAGUCUUGCUCCCAGCGGCAAGACUUUCAUCUUAAAGUUUUCACAAUUCCCACCGAAAUUCCCGUUCGCGACGCUGCGAAGCUGGGAAAGCGAAGAGCGUCUGCCGACAACAAAGCUCCGCCGGAGAAGAAGAUCAUGACUGACGCCAAGAUGCAAGUGGAUAACCCACAGGAGACUGUGGAGGCGAUCAAGCAGGGAGAAAUCGAUGAGUCGUUGUACAGCCGGCAACUGUAUGUCCUCGGUCAUGAAGCUAUGAAGCGUAUGGGCUCUUCAAACGUGCUUGUCGUCGGAUUGAAGGGUCUGGGUGUCGAAAUCGCCAAGAACAUCGCCCUUGCCGGUGUGAAGUCCCUCACAUUGUACGAUCCUGCCCCUGUCGCCAUCUCCGACCUGUCCUCCCAGUUCUUCCUCCAGCCCCAAGACGUCGGUAAGCCGCGUGCCGAGGUCACAGCUCCCAGAGUUGCAGAGCUCAACUCCUACGUUCCCGUCACGGUCCACGAGGGCAGCAAUAUCGCCGAGAACCUCGAACAGUUGAAGCGUUACCAGGCCAUUGUCCUCACCUUGACUCCUUUGAAGGAGCAGCUCGCGAUUGCCGACUUCUGCCACAAGAACGGCAUCUACCUUACGAUCACGGAUACCUUCGGUCUCUUUGGCUAUCUCUUCAACGACUUUGGAAAGAACUUCACUGUCGGUGAUGCGACCGGUGAGGAGCCCGUCAGUGGCAUUGUGGCGGCUAUCGACGAGAACGGCUUGGUCUCCGCUCUGGAUGAGACCCGUCAUGGCUUGGAGGACGGUGAUUUUGUCACUUUUUCCGAGGUCAAGGGCAUGGAGGGUCUCAACGGUUGUGCUCCUCGCAAGGUUACUGUGAAGGGACCUUACACCUUCUCUAUUGGUGAUGUCUCUGAUCUGGGAACAUACCAGAGCGGUGGCAUCUACUCUCAAGUCAAGAUGCCCAAGUUCAUGGACUUUGCUCCUCUUAGCGAACAGAUCAAAAACCCCGAGUUCAUCAUUUCCGACUUUGCGAAGUUUGACCGGCCACAGCAAUUGCAUGUUGGUGUCCAGGCACUUCACAAGUUUGCAGAGAGCCACAACGGCGAUCUUCCCCGCCCCCACAAUGAUAGCGAUGCCCAGGACGUGUUCAAGAUUGCCAAUGAACUGGCUUCAAGCCUCGAAGAGAAGGUGGAACUGGAUGAGAAGCUCAUCAAGGAGCUGAGCUACCAAGCCCGCGGUGAUCUGAACCCCCUGGCUGCCCUGUUCGGAGGCAUUGCGGCGCAGGAGGUCUUGAAGGCGGUCUCUGGAAAGUUCAACCCUGUAAAACAGUGGCUUUACUUUGACUCCUUGGAGUCUCUUCCCACAUCCAUCACCCGCUCCGAGGAGGCUUGUAAGCCUCUCGGCACCCGCUACGAUGGUCAAAUUGCAGUCUUCGGCAAGGAGUUCCAGGACAAGAUUGCCAACGUCAAGCAGUUCCUCGUGGGAGCAGGUGCCAUUGGGUGUGAGACGCUGAAGAACUGGGCCAUGAUGGGUCUUGGAACUGGUCCUGAGGGAAAGAUCAUUGUGACCGACAUGGAUCAGAUCGAGAAGAGUAACCUCAACAGACAAUUCUUGUUCCGUAGCCGGGAUGUUGGCAAGCUCAAGAGCGAGUGCGCUUCCGCUGCUGUGCAGGCAAUGAACCCUGAGCUAAAUGGUAAGAUUGUCACGCUCCGGGACCGUGUCGGACCCGACACUGAGCACAUCUUCAACGAGGAGUUCUGGGAAGGCCUGGACGGCGUUACGAAUGCCCUUGACAACGUGGACGCAAGAACCUACGUCGACCGUCGUUGCGUCUUCUUCAGGAAGCCCCUCUUGGAGAGUGGAACUCUCGGUACGAAGGGCAACACUCAGGUUGUCCUGCCUCGCAUCACUGAGUCCUACUCUAGCUCCCAAGACCCGCCGGAGAAGACCUUCCCUAUGUGCACGCUGAAGAGCUUCCCCAACCGGAUCGAGCAUACUAUUGCUUGGGCCCGGGACCUUUUCCAGACAUACUUUGUCGGCCCUCCUGAGGCUGUCAACAUGUAUCUGUCCCAGCCAAACUAUAUCCAGCAGACACUCAAGCAGGCUGGUAAUGAGAAGCAGACGCUGGAGCACCUGCGUGACUUCCUGGUCACCGACAAGCCCUUGACCUUCGACGACUGUAUCGUUUGGGCCCGUAACCAGUUCGAGGCGCAGUACAACAACGCUAUCCAGCAGCUUCUCUACAACUUCCCGCGCGACUCCAAGACAUCCACUGGGCAGCUUUUCUGGUCUGGACCUAAGCGUGCGCCUACUCCGUUGAAGUUUGACAGCGCAAACCCCACUCAUCUUUCUUUCAUCGUUGCUGGUGCCAACCUCCACGCUUUCAACUACGGUAUCAAGAACCCCGGCGCCGACAAGGCCUACUACAGGAAGGUCGUUGACAACAUGAUCGUUCCCGAGUUUACCCCCAAGUCCGGCGUCAAGAUUCAAGCGAAUGAGAACGAUCCUGACCCGGACGCUCAGGCCACUGGCUCGUCCUUUGACGACGGCCAGGAAAUCCAGCGCCUCGUGGACUCUCUUCCAUCCCCCAAGGAUCUGGCUGGCUUCCGCUUGAACCCUGUUGAAUUUGAGAAGGAUGACGACACAAACCACCACAUCGACUUCAUCACCGCUGCCAGCAACCUGCGUGCCGACAACUACGAUAUCCCCCAGGCUGACCGCCACAAGACCAAGUUCAUUGCUGGCAAGAUCAUUCCUGCCAUUGCUACUACGACAGCGUUGGUGACUGGUUUGGUCGCGUUGGAGCUGUUCAAGAUCAUUGACGGCAAGGACGACAUUGAGCAGUACAAGAAUGGAUUCGUGAACCUUGCGCUUCCAUUCCUGGGCUUCAGUGAGCCUAUUGCCAGUCCCAAGGGCAAGUACAUGGGUAAGGAGGGCGAGGUUACAAUCGACCAGAUCUGGGAUCGCUUCGAGGUGGAUGAUAUUCCUCUCCAGGACUUCCUCAAGCACUUUUCCGACAUGGGAUUGGAGAUCAGCAUGGUUAGCUCUGGCGUUAGUCUCCUGUACGCCAGCUUCUAUGGGCCGUCUAAGGUUAAGGACCGUCUUCCUAUGAAGAUGAGCAAGUUGGUGGAGCACAUCAGCAAGAAGCCCGUUCCGGAGCACCAGAAGAACGUCAUCUUCGAGGUGACUGCGGAGGAUCAGACGGAGGAGGAUGUUGAGAUUCCGUAUGUGAUGCAAAGCAUCACGUCAUUGGCUCCCCGCACCCCAUCGGUCAGCGUCUGGCCUCGUAUCGCCUCGUCCUACUUUUUGUAUAUGAACGAGCUCCCUGCCCCUCCUUGCCAUUGCCAUUGUUCCUCAUGUUUCCCGCUCUCCAUCGACUUCGACAAGUCUCGCAACAUAUCUUACAACCCAAAGCUAUCUCCAGCUUUCCACACCGGUAACAGUGGCAAGAUCACAGACUGGGUCAAUCCCAAUGACAAGUCGGGCGAGUUCAAGCGCCAGACGUCAGUCUUCCGCAACUGGAUCUCCAGAGAGCCUGGCGCUCAAUUUCCUCCCGAGAAGGGCCGUUAUCACCUCUACGUCUCUUACGCCUGUCCUUGGGCCCACCGGACUCUGAUCACGCGCAAGCUCAAGGGUCUUGAGGAUAUCAUCUCCUUCACCUCUGUCCACUGGCACCUAGGAGAAAAGGGCUGGCGCUUCGCAACUGCAGAAGAACAACAACCCGAAGAAAACGUCACCACCGACCCUCUACACGACUACACUCACCUGCGCGAAAUCUACUUCUCCAAUGACCCCGACUACACCGGCCGGUUCACCGUCCCCGUUCUGUUCGACAAGAAAACCAACCGCAUCGUAAGCAACGAGAGCGCCGAAAUCAUCCGCAUGCUCUACUACGAAUUCGACGACAUCCUCCCGGAACCCUACAAAUCCAUCGACCUAUUCCCCUCGUCCCUCCGCACGGAGAUCGAUUCCUCCAACGAAUGGAUCUACAACGACGUCAACAACGGCGUCUACAAGUCCGGCUUCGCCACCACGCAAGAAGCAUACGAGAAGGCCGUCACGACAUUGUUCUCCUCUCUCGACAAGAUCGAGGCCCAUCUGUCGGAUUCGAAGAACGGGCCGUACUUCUUCGGCUCGGAGAUUACGGAGGCGGAUAUUCGUCUGUUCACAACAAUCAUUCGCUUUGAUCCGGUCUAUGUGCAGCACUUCAAGUGCAAUAUUCGGGAUAUACGGUCCGGGUACCCGGCUAUUCAUCGCUGGAUGAGGAAGUUGUAUUGGGAUGUGCCGGCUUUCAAGGAGACGACAAACUUUGAGCAUAUCAAGUUCCACUAUACUAAGAGUCAUAAGCAGAUUAAUCAGUUUGCGAUUACGCCGGUUGGGCCGUUGCCGGAUGUUUUGCCCAAGGAUGAGGAGGUUAGGGCUGUUAAGGGUGCUUAGGGGGAGUUCUUUGGUGGGUUUAGGAUAUGUUGAUGUUAAUAAUAUGUAAGAUCUCUGGUAUAAUUUGCAAAUAUGCAAGUUGUAUUUCAGCUGAAUGUGCAAGCUAUGUAUCUCUCUAUAUCCAUGUAUCGACGCAGCAAGUGCGGUGUGAGGUAUGACCCUACGUAC